AUGGCGCCCGAAAAAGGCAGCUUGUUGGCAAAAGUUGAUUAUCCACUUUAUACCGUGCGAUCUCUGGGCGAUAGAUAUUUUGUUGUUGCUGGUGGGGGAGGAUCGGCUAAAACAGGCGUCUGUAAUGCAAUUUCUGUUUUUGAGUUGAAAUCGGUAGGAGACUCUUGCCUUGCGUCAUGUGUUCACAGCCACGAUACUGGAAGCCAGGCCACAAUGAACAGUUCAGCGUUUUAUGACGGCAGAAAUCAUGUGUAUGCAGCUGGCAUGGAUGAUGAAUGUCAUCUAUUUUCCUUGAAGUACAAGGUUAUAACUCCAGGAAAGAAAAAAAAUAAUGAUUCAGAAGGCAAAGAAGGAGCAAGGAAAAGAAGGGAGUCCGGGAAAGACAUCCAGACAACAAAUGAUAUUACAAAACAAGUGACUUUUGAAAUUCAAAAACUGAAACACAUAAAAACAGAUUUUGCUAAGGAAGGAAGUUUUCAAAAGGUUGUUCAGUUUAACAAAUGUCAGUCAUUGCUAGGCACAGGAGGGGCCGAUGGAUUUGUGAGAAUUUGGAAGUAUCCUGACCUGAAAAAAAUGCAUGAAAUCAAAGCUCAUGACAAUGAAAUAGAUGACUUAGACUUCACCCCAGACGGCAAACAGUUAGUGUCUGUGUCAAGAGAUAAAAAUGCAUAUAUCUGGAGCACAAAAGAUGGCAAGAGGCACACAGGACUUGUCUGGCCAGCCAAACACAGUGACAAGUACAGAUAUAGGGCAUGCAGGUAUGGAGUUGUCAGUGACAAGGACAAGGUGAAUCUGUACACAAUACACAUCCCCUGUAAGAGGGAUGUGAAACCCUUGCCGUGUUUCCUCUCCCUCUGGGAUUCAUCAACCUAUCGUGUGAAGCGAGUCAGCCAGACAGGAACAGAGAUACUUUCUGCUCUCUCUGUCAGUGAUGACGGCAUUUAUAUUGGAGUGGGGACGAUCUCUGGGAGUGUGUCAGUGUAUAUAGCCUUCAGUUUACAGAGAUUGUACCAUAUCAAAGCUGCUCAUGGGAUAUUUGUGACAGGCUUAGAAUUCAUGCCAAGCUCCGAGGGCUCAAGGCAGAUAACAGGGGGACAAGAUCUGACAUUGCUAAGUAUAUCUGCAGAUAACACCAUCAAAAUACACCAGGUUGCUGCACGAGGGUCUUACAGUAUACUGUGGGUCAUCGUUGGAUUUCUUGUGAUAAUCUGUCUCUUCUUCUGGUUGAUUGCAACACUCGGUCUUUGACAACAACUUCUUGAAUCUUAAACUCAGUAUAUAGGAAUGUACAAAUGUAUAUAUACAACUGUAUCUGUGAAUAUAUUCCUUGCAGAGUUAUGUAUAUAGGCAAUGCUUUUAUACACAGAUCCACUUGUGUGAAUCCAAAGGUGCUUACCGUUUACCUUAAGCUUUAUUAUACAACACGGUUAAUAAUAUCUUGCAUUAUAAUCUUGUAAUUGUACAAAUUUGCUGUGUAUUAAACUUAUUUGUCUCUACAAAGAUAUCCUUACUUCCAAUUAUGAUUUAUAAUAUCAUUGCACAGCACUGCCUUUGAUAAAAACAUUUACCACAUAUAUCACACGGCAAAUUUGUAAUAAAAUGAUUUUAAUACACACAAGUAAUCAGCAGUUUACUUUAUUAUGGCUGAACUCAUAAUUUUAUGCUUUAUGCUUGGGUCAGUGCAGUCAUUAUUAAUUAUAACUCAUCUGAGCUUUAAAAUAUGUAGUCUAUGGUAUUGAUUUUUUCAUUUCGACUGUUCACGUUACAUAGUAGAUGCAGAAUGUGUAAAUCAGAUUGCUGUAAAUCAUUAUCAUUUUGCAUUUUUUUUCCUGCAUACAUUAACUACCGAGCUGAUUGAUGCUUAUGAAUGGUACAAAUAUAACUGGAUAGGGAAACACGAGUAACUGCACAGAGCUGUUAAAUGCAGCAUAGGGUUGCAACAUAAGUUUGAACAAAAAGAAAAAUAAAAACUUAUGACCAUCAUGAGAUAAGACUCUGAGAACUCUGUCUAAAAGUAUUUCAGCCAUGCUGUGGCUGGGUUGACUGCAACUCUAAGUCAAGAUGUUUGUCAUUAUCUGAGUAAAGCCAGUGGUUUAAACUGGACACAAACGUCAGGAUUCGUAUGAGUCCUUGAAAACUUUGAAAACCCUGGAAUUCAAAUGAACUUCUCCACGCCUUGAAAAACCUGGAAAAUCAUACAUUUUGGUAGUUAAGUCGGAUAAAGCCUUGAAACUGAGACUGUAAAAUCCACCUCAGCUGCUUACGGAAGAGUAGGUUGGCAUUCUUCUGGAGAAGUUUGUUUUCCAACAUCUUUGAAAUUGCUUUGUAUAAGUGAAAGACUAAUUAAGUUUAACUAAUUAAGGACAUUUUUCAUUGCUUCAAGAUAUGAAUUUUGUAUUUGGAAAAUCCUUAAAAACACCUUGAAAUCUGAAAUUUUUGAGGUGGGCAAACGCUGAAACAUACAUGUAGGUUGUGUUGCUUUACUUUAAGAUAUGCUUGUUCAUGCUUUUUUUUUUUUUUUCGUUUCUGUAUUUAUUACACAUUUGUGGAUAAUCUGGUACAUUAGUGGUGAACUCAUUAGGCUGACUGGUCUCAUUCAGGUAACAGUGUGAUACUAUCUGUAUGUUUAUAUGCACAUCCUUGUGUAUAAUUGUAUGUAUACAUUGUUUAUAUGUGGCCACUUUCAUAGACAUUCUCCAAUUUAUGCAAGCUGCCGGCAGUUAGUAUGGUUCUUACAAGUUUGAUGCUUUGUAUUCUCGAGCUGAGGCAUAUAGCUGUUGAGCUUCUGACAGCAUGGUUGUUUUUUUUUUGCCUUUAAUUAUUCAAUAUUCCAGAUUGUGUCAUGGAGUGAGUAAUGUACAAAGGAAUUUUAUAAUGUAAUGUACUAUUUUUAUAUCAAAUUUAAAAGUAAGCAGAUUAUUGUUAGCAGGUGUUUAAGUAGAUGUAAGAUUAGUUACAGGAUAAUACAUCAUUUGUUAUUUAUAGUUGUUUUCUUACCUAUAAUGUCUUAACUAUAACAUAAAAUUAUAAUAUAAAAAAACAAAUAAUGGUUAUGUUUGAUUGGCGAAUUUGUUUAUUUGGCAUUGCUGCUUUCUGGGUUUAACAGAAUCAAAUUCUGUUUUCCCUUGAAGUUUGUUUUGUCUUUCUAAUGAAGCACAGCAUUUUUGAUGCACCAAAGAGACAUUACUACAGUAGUACAUCUCAAAGAGUGCUUUGCGUGUGUAUCAGUUCUUUUUAUUAACCAAGCCAGGUUUUAAACAAAUUUGACAGGAAGUGUAUGUGUCUUGGGCAACCUUUUAAAUAUCCAUAUUAUGUGAAUCCAUGAUACCAAUUCUAUACUGAAUCAACAUUGUAUUUCUAUAAAGUGGGUGAUACAGUUCCAGCUGCAUGAUGUACCAU